AUGCCUGCAUAUCGCAUUGAGGUUUCCCCCAACAACCGUGCCGGUUGCGUUGAAACCCAGCAUAAGAAGGAGGGUGUCAAGAUCACGAAGGGUGAGCCGCGCUUCGGAACCUGGGUCGACAUUCCAGGUUCGGAGCAUGGCUCCUGGAGGUGGAAGCACUGGGGCUGUGUCUCUGGUAAACAGAUCGAAAAUCUGCGUGAUGACAUUAAGCAAGGUGACUCGUACGAUUUCGACAUGAUUGACGGCUAUGAUGAGAUUGGUGAUCACCCCGAGCUUCAAGCCAAGAUCCGCACCGCUAUGAUCGAGGGCAAGAUCGCAGAUGAGGACUUCAACGGUGACCCUGAAUUCAACGUGCUGGGCCAGGCAGGCAUCCGUGGCCGUGCAAGUAAGAAGAAGGCCGAGCCUGAGAAUGGCGACGGCGAGGAGCAAAAUGGCACACCUGCCAAGAAGCCGGCCAAGAAGCGCGGUCGCAAGAAGGCUGGUGACGAUGAAGACGACGAGGAAGAGCAAGAGGCGGCUAAGGCUCCUCCUGCUAAGAAAGCCAGGAAGAGCAAAGUCAAGAAGGAAGCCGAUGACGAGGAAGAGCAAGAGGAGGCUAAGGCUCCUCCUGCUAAGAAGGCCAGGAAGAGCAAAGUCAAGAAGGAAGCCGACGACGAGGAAGACGCUGCGCCCGUCGAAGCUCCCAAGGCAAAGGGACGAGCCAAGAAGGUCAAGCCGGAGCCGGAGAGUGACGACAAGGCCGAUGCCAAAGCUGAGGCUCCAAAGAAGAAGGGCCGCGCCAAGAAGGCUCAACCUGAGCCUGAAGUCGACGAUGAGCCAGCCGUUGAGCCCGCGGUUGAGCAGCCGAAGAAGAAAGGCCGUGCGCGAAAGGCCAAGGCUGAGCCAGAGGCUACCGAGGAGGCCGUCGUUGAGCCUGAGGCUGCUGAAGAGGCCGAGCCCGAAGCUGAGCCUGAGCCUGAGCCUGUUGCUGUUGCCAAGAAGGGUGGCCGGAAGAAGAAGGCAACUGCCAACGGCGAUGAGCACCAGGCCGAGGCACCUAAAGCCGCUCCUGCAAAGCGCGGCCGUCCCAAGAAGAGGUGA